AUGGGACUGAACACCUCCCUCUGCAACUGGCUCCUGGACUUCCUGAAUGGCCGCCCUCAGGUUGUGAGGGCCCUGACCAAAGGCACUUACGUGCACAAUCCUCUGCUUCAGUUGUUGAACGUCCGUCGUAUCAUAAGGGGUUCUGGUCCACCCCGGUUCCACCUUGUGAUGAGUGAUGGCCUGCACACCAUGUCCACCUUCUGGCUGGUCACCAAAUUGAACUGUCUGGUUGAGAAGAACUGUCUGCUCCCCUACUGUGUCUGUCUACUGAAGAGGAGAGUCACCAACAUACUGAAGGAUGGAAGAUGUAUGGUGACAGUAUUGGAGAUGGAGGUAGUGAUGUCAGCAGAGGAGGUGGGAGGGAAGAUUGGAACACCUACUCCCUAUGUAGAAGGUAAGACAACAAAAAUAACUACAACUACAAUAAAACACCAACUGCUACUACCCUCUCAAGAUCUGUCAAUGUCCUCUCCAGGCCAGAGAAGGACCCUUCAGAACCAGGUCUCUGCCGAGAGUCACGCUGCUGCUUCUACUUCUACUGCCUCCCCUCACAACCAGCCCAGAGCAGCCUCCUCUUUUACCAGAGACCCAGCAGGCAGAGGAGACUCCGGGAAGAAGACUCUGAUAGUAGUCCCCAUCGCCUGCCUCAGCCCCUACCAGACUAAAUGGACCAUCAGGGCCCGGGUCACCAAAAAGAACAACACCCUUCCUUGGAGCAACUUAAGACGAGAGGUAAAAUUAUUCUCCUUCGAGAUCGUGGACGAGAGCGGGGAGAUCGGAGUAACAGCCUUCGACAAGGAAGUGGACAAGUUCUUCUCUUUGCUGGAGACGGGCAAGGUGUACUACAUCUCACGGGGCAAAUUAAAGGAAGCCAAUAAGAAGUAUAAUACCCUGAAGAACAACUAUGAGAUGACCCUUCUAAGUGAGACAUCCAUCGUGCCGUGCGAGGACGACCAGGACCUUCCCAUGGUGGAGUGCGACUUCAUACUCACCACUCAGCUGGAGCACACGGAGAAUGACGACAUCAUCGAUGUGAUAGGAGUGUGUAGGAGUGUGGAUGAUCUGAGUAGUUUCACCGAUAAGACAGGUAGACAGGAGUAUAAAAGAGACAUUCACCUGGUGUAUACCAGUGGCAAGGCGGUCGCAGUCACACUGUGGGGCGAGCAGACAGAGAUGUUUGAUGGUUCAGUCCAGCCUAUAGUAGCUAUUAAAAGAGCUCGCCUGUCAGACUUUGGAGGCCAGUCUGUCUCUGCGAUCUUCAGCUCCGCUGUCAUGGUCAACCCUGACAUACCCGAGGCCCAUAGGCUGAGGAGAUGGUAUGAUCAGGAAGGUCAUGCUCUGGACGGCCAAUCACUGACCGAAUUAAGGCCUGCAGGAGGCGGAGCCAACACUUGCUGGAAAACACUCAGCGACGUCAAGACUGAACAACUGGGAGACAAGGCGGAUUAUUUCAGCUGUGUAGCCACAGUGUUGUUUAGUGGUAAGGAAAGCUGUCUGUACCAGGCCUGUCCCUCUGCAGAUUGUAAGAAGAAGGUAAUAGAACAACCAAAUGGACUCUACCACUGUGAGAAGUGUGACAAACAAUUCCCUAACUACAAAUACUGCUGUCUUUUAUCAGCUAACAUAGCAGACUUCAGUGAUAACCAAUGGGUGACAUGUUUCCAUGAGACAGCAGAGGGCACUCUGGGUCACAAUGCAGAGACUCUGGGCCUGCUUAAAGAUACGGAUGAUGCAGCGUUUGACGAGGUGUUCCAGAAGGUCAACUUUACCACACACAUCUUCCGCAACAACAGAGUCAAGCUGGAGACGUACAAUGAUGAGUCCCGUGUGAAGGCCAUGGUGAUGGAGGUGAAACCAUUGGACCACAGAGAGUACAGUAGGAGACUCAUCAGCAACAUCAGGAAUAUGGCCGCCUAAAGAAUUGUUACUUUUAUUGUGUUACUUUUUAUUUUUAUUUGACUAUUUUUACUUUAAUUUAAGUCUUUUUUGAAACUGAAUUGUCAGUUAAGGGCUUGUAAGUAAGCAUUUCACCGUAAGGUUAUAUAUACUCUAUUGUAUUCGGAGCAUGUGACGAAUUUGAUUUGAUUUAAACAUUAACCAUUAGAGGGAACAAUUCAAAACUGACCUAAAAUCAGUGUUUAGGGGAAACUCAACCCAGAAUUAUACACUCAACUGAACAAAAUGGCUGCCUAAACACAGAGCCAGCUGACAUUCAUACUGUCUGGUCCUGUAUCUCUACAAUUAAGCCACAAAAUUGCAGAAACUGAACAAGGACAUAUUUUAUUUUA